AUGGCAUCGACACAGAGACGCACGUCGACCGCAGCAGAGGCCAGGACCUCGUUCCGCCGCUCGUCGAGGACCGCGAGGGGAUCUGUCUCGGAGGUUGGGAGGCGCAGCGAGUCGGGACGCUUGCAGUUCACCCGCACGCAGGACGACACGAACCUCCCCUCGGCCGCAAAGAAGGACAUGGCCAACUACCUCGGUCGCCUCGAGAAGCAGUUCACCCUCACCCCGCAGCGCAUGCGCAUGAUCGUCGACUCGUUCGUCGAGGUCCUCGAGCGCGGCCUCGAGAAGCCCGAGCAGGAGGUGCCCAUGCUCCCGACCUUCGUUUUCGGCUGGCCCACCGGCAAGGAGAAGGGCUCGUACCUUGCUGUCGACCUUGGCGGCACGAACCUCCGCGUGUGCCACGUCGAGCUCGAGGGAGACGGCAAGUUCGAGGUGACGCAGACCAAGUACCGACUGACGGAGGAGCAGAAGCAGGGAGAUGCGCAGGACUUGUUCGACUUCUGCGCAGAGUGCCUUGGGAACUUUGUUACGGACCACUUCGGCGACGAGGAUGGGAAAGUCGAGUUGGACGAGCCUAUCCCGGUCGGAUUUACCUUCAGCUACCCUUGCCUGCAAGAGAAGAUCGACCACGGCGUCUUGAUCCGCUGGACGAAAGGCUUUGGUGCGCCCGGCGCAGAAGGCAAAGACUGCGCCGCCUUGUUCAGGCAAGGCCUCGAGAAAUACAAGGUCCCAGUCGACCUCGUCGCCCUGAUCAACGACACGACCGGUACCCUCAUCGCCUCUUCUUACGUCGACCAGGCUACCCGCGCCGGAAUCAUCUUCGGAACGGGCUGCAACGCGGCGUACAUGGAGAAGAUUGGGAACAUUCCCAAGAUCAAGGAUUUGGGUUUGCCUGAGGAUGCGCAGAUGGCCAUCAACUGCGAAUGGGGCGCCUUCGACUCGACGACUCACGAACACCUCCCUCGCACCUCAUACGACAUCCACAUCGACGAGACCUCGAACAAGCCUGGCGAGCAGGCGUUCGAGAAGAUGAUCGCGGGGUUGUACCUCGGAGAGAUCUUCCGGCUCGUCAUGUGCGAGUUGAUUGAUGAGGGGAUCCUUUUCUUGGGUCAGGAGACGUACAAGGUUGAGAAGCACUACGUCUUCGACACGGCUUUCCUCUCGCUCAUCGAGUCAGACACCACCGACGAACUCCUCACCGUCACCGGCCUCUUCGCGCACUUCUUCUCCCUCGACACGACCAUCGCUGAACGCCAAUUCAUGCGCCGCCUCGCCGUCCUAAUCGGCACUCGCGCCGCGCGUCUCUCGGCAUGCGGAAUCGCAGCGAUCGUCUCGAAGCAGGGAUUGCUGGACGAGGCGUAUGACCCGGCUAAGACUAUCGGGAUUGCGACGGAUGGGUCGUUGUACAACAAAUACCCCAAGUUCCCGCAGAGGCUCGAGGAGGGCCUUGUCGACAUCUUUGGCGAGAAGGGCCGGUCAAUCAAGACGUACCAUGCCGAGGACGGAUCGGGUGUCGGUGCUGCUGUCAUCGCCGCGAUGACCAAGGAACGCAAAGCAAAGGGCUUCGCCGCACACGUCUAG